GAAUAUCUUGCCAACUGUAUAGUCUGAUUGGAUCUGACUAGCUGUCCCGUAGCACGAGACUCACGCUAAUGCUCCAGCUACCAAAUCUAGUGCAGCACGAGAGUCACGGGCUCCAAAUCACUACUCUAGUCCAAUUCCCCUAUCACCAAUUACCAUGUUCCACGAGACACAAUACCAGAUCCUUGACACCAAGAUCCAAGCCUAGCGGUCUAUCGGACGAAGGUCUUGUUCUCACAACAUAUCCUGUAUGGCAAUAGGUUCUGAAGCUGUAUAUAUAUUACCACAUCCAGGAACCUCCCAUACUAUUAGUUGUAUCGUCGAUGUAACUAAAAAGUACAGCAAGUCUACUAUUUUCACAUCUAAUACACUAUCCAGGGAUCCGAAUUUUUAUCCUCAUACCUGUAAUAUGAUGGCGGCUUCAUCUUCUCCUGCUCCCACGUACCGGGCGCUCACGCUGCGGGCGUAUCUUGCCGAAUGGAGCCUCAACCUGAUCACCUGCGUGUUCGAUGCCCCGGCUGGGUACAACGAGGUCCGGGCCAAGGUGUCUAAGCUGCUUCCAGGCGGCCUCAAUACCGAAGAGAAAAAGGCUAUUGAUAAGCGG